AAAAGGGGGUGCUGGUGGCAAUUCAGCACUGGCAAACAUGGCUCGUCUCGUGUUGUGUGCUUUGGCGCUCCUAGUGGUCGGCGGGUCUUGCGACCCCCUCAAGAAGAUCUGGCCCCAAAAGCCUGCUGACCAGGCUUCCCUCAAGCGUCAGGUUGACCUGUCAUCCCUCUUCUACCAUAUCCAUGAGCCCCUUCACUACGAGCCACUUAAGACCAUUGCCAGUACUUGGGAAAUCGAGAAGAACAUUGAGCACUACAGCAAUGUAACUGCUGUCAAGAUUUACGUGGAUCUCAUGGAGAAUGGUCUUCUGCCACGUGCGGUGCCUUUCUCUAUUCUUGAAGAAUAUCAUCAGUUCGAGGCUGAGACUCUCUUCCAAGUUCUGUUCUCCGCUAAGGACUACGAUACGUUCUACAAGACUGCCGUGUACCUCAGAGACCGUGUUAAUGAGAACAUGUACGUCUACGUACUCACCACCGCCAUUCUUCACCGCCACGACACUCAAGGAUUCGUUGUCCCGCCCUUCUACGAAAUCUUCCCCUCUUACUUCCACAAUGGAGAAGUUAUGACCACUGCCCAGAGGAUCAACACUCAUGGCAUGCACCUAGUCGAGUACUACCCGAUGACUUACAUCUGGAAUGAUAAUGUAGUGAUUAGGUGGAACGAGACCGUCUGGCCUUACUUCUCUGUCGAUUCCCCUGUCUUCUACUGGACUCACGAUUAUGCUCUCAACACAUGGUACUACAACACUCAAGUGGCUUACCCGAAGUGGCUCGGAAGCGAAACCUGCCCCUUGGUGAAGGACUACCGUGGCGAAUGGUUCUGGUACUGGCACAAGCAGCUCCUGUCUCGUUACUACAUGGAGAGACUGUCGAACGGUCUUGGUGAGAUCCCUGAUCUUGAACUGCACGGCACUGUUGAGGAAGGUUAUACCCCUGGUCUCCUGUACCACAACGGGAUCCCAUUCCCGGUUAGGCCUAACCACUUCCACCUUUAUCAAGAAGACUUCGUUCAUGAAAUUAAAGCUAUUGAAGACUACGAGCGUCGUAUUCGUGACGCUAUCGACGCCGGAUACUACAUCAACAACUUGGGCGAGCACGUCAGCCUGCGCACUCCUGAAUCCAUCGAUGUUCUCGGACGCCUUAUUGAAGCCAACGCUGACUCUCCCAACACCGGUUAUUAUAAGGACUUCAUCACCCUCUGGAAAGAACUCCUCGGAAAUUCUAUUGUUCACGAGCACGCUUACCACCAGAAUACCGUUCCCCUGGUCUUGCCUUCCGCUCUGGAACUCUACCAGACCGCUCUUCGCGACCCCGCUUUCUACAUGAUCUGGAAGCGUGUGUUGAACCUCUUCGAUAUGUGGCACCAGCAGCUGCCUCUCUAUAAGCCUGAAGAACUUGCUUUUCCUGCUGUUACUAUCCAUAAGGUUGAGACUGACAAGUUGGUCACCUACUUCGAGCACACCUACGUGAACGUUACCAACCAUCUGCACAUGAACGAUUUUGAAAGGAAGGUGAUUGUUGAUGACGUCAGUGUCCUCGUCCAGGUCCCUCGCCUGAACCACAAGGUCUUCCAGAUCCGCGUGAGCGUCAAGAGCGAAGUCGCCAAGACCGUUCUCGUCAAAUUCUUCUUAGCUCCCAAAUACGACAGCCACGGCCACGAAAUCCCUCUUCAUCUCAACACCGAAAACUUCUUCCAAAUCGACCAGUUCACUCACGACUUGCCCGCUGGUGAGCACGUCAUCAAGCGCGAUUCCACCCAUAACACAUGGACCAUUGACGACUGGACCAGCGCUCAUGAGGUCUACGAGAAGGCUGAGAACGCCCUGCACGGCAAGGGUCAAUUCGUCUUGAGCCAGGCUCAGAAGAUUGAAGGAUUCCCUGAGCGUCUGCUGCUUCCUAAGGGUCGCGUCGGUGGUAUGCCCUUCGUCCUGCUGACUUACAUCUCUGAGUACCGUGCGCCUAAGGUCCAACAGGGUACUGGUUUCGACCACGUGAUAUCUCCUGGCUACGGCAGCGGAGCUCGACGCAUGAGCGAUGAGCCGUUGGGCUUCCCCGUCGACCGUCCUCUGCACCUGUGGCAGAUCGAGCAUCUGCACAACAUCAUGGUGCAGGAUGUCAUGAUCCACCAUAAGCCCACCCCCGAGGUUUACGUGCCUCACACCGACAAUGCGAACUAAACGUACCUAGAUUGCUAUGGCUUAAACCUUUGAUAGGUUACAUCGGGUUUAUU